CCCCCGUCCCUGAAUAUUUUAGCAACAAGAAUCUUUUCCCUCUCUGGCUGCCACUAGAAUUGAGAGACUAAAAAUGACCUUUGUUUCCUCAAGUAAUUCUUUCAAAUUGAUUUUGAGAUCACGUUUUGUUAUUUGAUCUAAGUUGUAGAUGUACGCCUAUGUAUACUUGAACUGAAUUAGGACAUUAUUUUAAGUGUACUAAAAUACCAUUUCCAGUCAUGUAUUGUUUGACCUGAACAGGUUCAAUAAAUGAAAGCGGUUGGCAGACAUAUACUGGUUUUACGGUUUAAUAGAGCAAAACCUAACAUAAUCAGUCCAAAUUUCACAGUCAACUACUCUAUUGAAAAAAGUAAAUAAUUGUUUUGACUUUUUAUGAUACCCUGAAAAAUAUGUUGAACCACCAAGGUGUUAAACAUGUAGAAAAUUGUCUACUCUAAUACCGACUAAUUUAAACCAUUUGGUUUGGUCUAAAGACUGCUGGAAUUUAAAAUAAAUUACUUCAAAUAACAGAGUUUUGUUUAACUGUAGUGUAAGGACCAAGUCAAAGAAAAAGUGAAAUUCCUGCGAAAGUGAGGGAAAAUAGUGUGCCAAUUCAGUGAAACCCUAUGACAUAAUCUCACACUAGGAAGAAUGGGGGGCAAUUUACCCCAGAUGAGGGUGGAUUACCCUGCCAGCAGACCAAAGUGCCCUGUCCCUGAAAACAUAUUUUAUUACAUAACAAUAAUAACAAUUAUUUUUUCUUCAUAAUUUGUUACCCCCCGAAUAGACUGGUACCCUGAAUAGCAGACGCCAUGGAAACACAAUGUUGGUAACAGGCUUAUAUUCUUCCUUCACGCCAGCUGAUGUGUUGAGGUCAGCAGACACACAACAGCAUAAUAUACGUUAUUUUAGGAUUAGCAUAUACCUUUCCCAGGGCCUCUGUCAAUGUGGGCAUUUGUUAAAUGCUUAAACUAUUUAAAUGUUAAACCAGAAUGCUCACACCUUUCAUCGCAGGAGUCAUUGAAAGAAGCGUGCCUAUUUGUUUGACUGUUAAAACACAAAUUUCUCAAUACUACGACCGCCAGCAGUAUUUGUUUACAAAGGAAUGUGCCUAUUUAAUGCUGUUACAGGCCGGUCUCCUUGUACCGUCGUGAAAAUGUCCGUUAUUUACAUGUCAGCCCUGUUGUCAUUGUAUGAUGUGGGAGAAGGAAAGGAGAUAGCUAAAUGACCACGUCAGCCGCACAGACAGCACCGCCGGUUGAGGGGAAGGCAGAUGGGGAAGAUAAAUGGAGACAAUGGUCCUGUUGAUCAGACAGACACAUGGAGUGACGUUCAAGUUAGCAACGGAAAAUAGGCAAAUGAGGCAUCCAAUCACUACCCAUGGAGUAUUGGAAUUGACAGUAGUCACAAACCGGUUGCUGCUGGACGGAGCGGGACCUUUUCCCAGGUGGCUAACUGUCUACCCUCCACACCUUGCCGUUUUAGUAACGGAGCCGGACACAUUUUCUUAUCUUGCCGUUUUUUAAAACGGCAACUGACACUUUAGUCGAUAUUGCCGUUUGAAACGGACUCCUUUUAUCUCGCCGUUUUUAAAAUUCCGACUGAAUCUUUUGUCUUACCUUGCCGUUUCAAUCAGCGAUUGUCAAGGCUGCUGGCAAAUGUUUCCACACUUUGAGGAAACCGUUUGCUGAUUGGACCUGGACACAUUGUGUGUGUGUGUGUGUGUGUGUGUGAGAGAGAGAGAGAGAGAGAGAGAAGUGUGUGUGUGUGUGUGUGUGUGAGAGAGAGAGAGAGAGAGAAAGAACAGAUCCAAGGCCGGUUGGUUGGACCUUCACAUGGAGUCUAUUGCCGAGGGUGGAGGAGGGCUGAGGGAACUGGUCCAGAAGUGGUUCACUGACACCCAGGCCCCUCUGAUACUCCUCCAAAACGGGAAGUUUCCUGAUUGGUUCCAGGGCUUCACCGCCAGGAAGGAGGCAGAGGAUCAGCUGAAAGACAAGCCUCUUGGCUGUUUUCUCAUCAGACUCAGUGACAAAGCUAUUGGCUACAUCCUCUCAUACAGGGGACAAGACCGCUGCCGCCAUUUUGUGAUUAACCAGGACCAAGCAGGGCUGUUCAUCAUCUCCGGGGACGACCAACCUCACCGCAGCCUGAGAGACCUGAUAGAGCACUACAGGACCUGCCCGGUUCAGCCCUUUGGAGAAUACCUCACGUCAACCUGCAGCCAGUCUUCAUUGGGUGAACUCUAUGAUGUGGUGCAGUUUGGGGCCAAAGAGAAGACAUUAGGUGGGGUCAGCGUCCAAGCCCUGAGAAAUUACUGGGACAAGCAGAACGAGCAGCAUAACGGAUGGAAUCGACAGAGGAAUGACCAUCAUCAGUGGACUGACCAUCACCAGAGUGACAUUCAUCAACCGAGUGACCAUUAUCAACAGAGAGACCAAUGGAAUAACCAUCACAAUGACCCAAGGAAUGUGCCUCAGAAUGAGGCGUGGAAACACCCAGCACUGCCACCCGUUCUGCCAUCUAAGUCUAACAGGAAGUUGACCUUGACAGCAUCCACUGGCAGGAUGUCUGUUCCACAGCAAGCAGUUCCUCCUGUCCCAAGGCGGAGCCAACCUCUGACCCACUCCCUGAGCGGAACCCUGCCCGACAAAAGCCCGUCACAAACCCGGUACGCCCUAUUACACCAGGACCCACACAAGACCACUGCGCCCAGUGAGACUCAGUAUGCCGAAAUCCACACCAUCCAGAACAAAGUGGAGAGACUGGCCAGUGGCGGGAGUCUUAACAAAGCCGUGGGGCCACGGUCUGUGGACAACACCGACUUCAGCCAUUAUGACAAUCGCAGUUACACCUCCACAGCACCAGGGGGAGUGCUGUACUCCGAGCUGACCCUGUCUUACUCACGGAGCCACUCCUUUCCCCGCUUGGACGCCACCACAGACGAGGAGGGGGACUACUCCGCCUCCCAGUACUCCCCCGACGCCCCCGAGAGGGCCACCUGCCACUCUUACACGCUGCAGGAUCCCAGGGGGAGCCUCCAGCCACACGGGAGCACCAACCUUCCCUACUAUGCCUCACUUGGGCUUGGCGUGGGUCAGGAGUGGCCCCGGGGACCUCAUGUCCAGAGAGAGGAAGCGGACGGCGGCUGGAGGCCUGAGUCCAAGGCCCAGCAGGAGGACAGUAUGUAUGCGGAAGUUCCAUCGGGGCCUCCCCAACAUCAGACUGCCGAUAACACCUAUGAGCAGAUUCCUGGGGAUGUUGGCCUGAAGGGGACAGAAAUCACAGACGCAGCUCAGCAAUGGAACACCUACGAGACUCUGGAGGACCUGAAAUCUCAGGAGUCUACUUGGGGCAAGAAGAACAUGGCAUGGCGAAAAUUAUUCCCUGAAUACAAGAAGAAAUAGCAGUGACGCGAAAAAGACUUGGGGGAAGACUAAUUAUUUGGUCAAGGUGUCAUUGAAUUUAGGAAAUGUGUGGACUUGUGUUCUCAUUGUUCUAUGUGUGGAAUUAGCAAAUAUAAAUUCAAUGUCUUUUCUUUCCUCUAUGCACAGAAAGUACACAGUGGCAAAAUACCUCCUGAGAAAAGACAGGCACUGCCCCACAAAAUGAGGUGGAAGCAAAACUGCACUUACAGUGGGGAGAAUUUUGCAGGAAUUUU